AGCCUAAUAUUCAUGUAAACUAAAACAUGUUUCUGUUUUCAUAAACGCUUUUGAAAAGUUCUGGGAAUUUAACGAUCAUCCCUAAGUCAGCACUGAGUCACACGGCUACAGUCAGUUCAAAGUGACAGAGUUUGUUAUUCAUUUGUGUGUUUUAGCCGAGUGUCUUUUUUUCUUCUUCUUCUUAAAACAAAUUAACGAUUAUCUGAUCAUGACAACCCACGAGUUUUUUGUUGAUAUGACAUGUGAAGGAUGCUCUGGUGCAGUGACUCGGGUCCUGAAGAAAAUAGAUGUAAAGUUUGACAUUGAUCUUCCCAACAAGAAGGUCUUUAUAGAUUCGGACAAAGACACAGAUGUCCUGCUGGAAACCCUGAAGAAAACAGGCAAAACUGUCACGUAUAUUGGUCCUAAAUAGACCAGAGUUUAAACAUGAACUGUCCAUAUGGAACAUUGUGGGCCUGUUACCAUUAGUAACCCUUUUGUCUGCUUGAUUUGGAUUUACAUGUUAAAUUUGCACAUUAUCCAUAUUAUGCUACUAACUCAUUGGAAUAAAAAUGUAACUUGGAAUAACAGUUUUUCUUUUCUCUAGCCUUAAGCUCAGUUCAGUCAUACUCAUGUGUAAUAGUUACUUUGGGGCCAGCACUUUGGGGUUGUAUGUGAAAGUAACCAUAAUCUGAUUGACAGAAAUAUUAAUCCCUUAUGCAAAAUAUUUGCAAUGUAACUAUUCUAUAUAUUGGUGUAUUAUAUCAGUUCGUUAUGUUGACAUAUAUUGCUAUUGGAUUGUGUUACAUCUUUAACCAUGACACUUGGGCUCCUGCUAGUUUAACGUACAUUAUAACAUGUAACCUCAAAAUGUAUUAAACAUCUAAACGCAGAUAUUUUAAA